GGUCAAAGUGUGACAUCCCCCACACCGGAAAAGUUACGGAAUUUGACGUUCCCGAUGGAUUCUUGGAGGAGCUCCACGAACUGGCAAAGCUGCUGGAGACGAACGUGAAAGUGUUCCUGAGCCACCCCAUCGCCAGUCCGGUGUUUCAAGUUGCCCUGCAGGUUCUGAGCCGGAGGCUGCCGGCCGUCUCUGGAGAGCUGUGCGCUGCCGUCGUCGAAUAUCUGGGGUCACUGGAGAAGGCGGAGGGAUGCAGUCCGCUGCUGAUAUUCCUAAAGGACAAGACGGGCAGCCGCCUCCUGGAGAGCGUCAUCCGGGUGUCGGGCAAGAAGCUGGUCAAGAGGAUGUACAAGGCUCACUUCAGGGGGCAGCUGGUGGCUCUGGCCCUCCACCCCAUCGCCAACUUCACGGUCCAGAGGCUGCUGGCGGCUGCCGCCUCGCGGAAGCUGUUCUCGAAGGUGUUCGACGAGCUCUGCCCCACCCUGGAGGACAUCUUAGCACAGGGCCACAUGGGCAUCAUGACCGAGCUGGUGUCCGGCUGCGUCAAGCACAAGGAGAAGCAGCCAGAGAUACUGAUGAAGCUGUACCAGGCUUUCCACUGCUGCGAGCCGGCCUCCAGGAGGGCGGCCUGCGCCCCGCUCUUCAUCUCCCUGCUGACGUACGAGGUUUACUACGACCUGGCCGAGGAGGAGCUGACCACGGAGCACCAGCCCUCCGAGGAGCCGCGCCUGACGGCCGUCAGCCACCACGGCUCGCUGCUCGCCCAGCACCUGCUCCGCUUCGACCAGCCCGCCGCCCUAGCGCUCAGCCUGGCGGCCAUGUCGGCGGGGGACCGGGUCAAGCUGGCCUGCGACCAGGCCGGCAGCCACGUCUUCGACGCCCUGCUGACCAGCGCCACCGUGUCGGACAAGCAGAGGAAGAAGGUGGUCGGGAAAUUCAAGGGCCAUUUCGCCCAGCUGGCCUGUGACAGGCACGGCAGCCGGGUCCUCGACCAGAUCUGGGCCUCGGCGCCCGUCGGAAUGAAGCAGACCAUCGCCCAGGAGCUCGCCGGCAGAGAGAGCGAGCUGCGGAGCCACCCGAUCGGACGUCAUGUCGCCCGGAACCUGGCCCUGGCGCACUUCAUCAAGCGUCGGCGCGAGUGGGAUGAGCACCAGGCGGCGGAGAGCAAGCGGCGGAAGAUGUUCGCGGAGCUGCUGGAGGACUGAGCGAGGGUGGAAAUGCCUCGAGAGAGAGAGAGAGAGAGAGAGAGAGAGACAGACAGAGUCUGCGGUCAACCACCCCCCCACCACCUGGCCGUUCCGGAAGUGUCGGGGGGUGGUUUUAAUCUUGCCUUGCCUCUGUGUGUCAGA